UCCUACACAAGAGUCCGUCCGUCCAUUGUGUCUCUCUCCCUGAGCAAUAAAAAAAUGAAGCUCCUCCAAACCCAAUCCUCCGCUCUCUUCAACCUCCUCCCAUCUCCGAAUUUCACGAAACCCAUCGACAAACGCGGCUUCGUCACUCCAAAACGAUACCCAUCUCCUCCUAUCUCCCUCCGAUGCUCCGUUUCCACCGCUUCAGACACUCCGUCGACGGCCACCAACCAUCACCUCUCCGCUUCGAGCCACAAGCCCUUCCCGGCGGAGGUUUCGAGGAGCAUCAUGGAGCUUUCCUCCGUCGGAACUCUCUCCACCUUGACCCACGACGGCUGGCCCCUCGGCGUCGGAGUUCGCUUCGCCGUUGAACAAGAUGGCACCCCUGUUCUUUGCCUCAAUCGCACUUUCUCUCCCGACAAAAGGUCUUCCCUUCAUGUUCAGUUGGAGCAAUGUGGAUUGAGGACUCCUCAGUGUACGAUUCAAGGUAGCAUUGCUCGACCUGGAGACGAUAAUGCUCUAAAGCGUGUUAGUGCUACAUGGAGGAAAAAGUUUGGGGAAGAAGUUGAGGAAGACAGUUUAUAUGUUGUAGCAGUUGACCGUGUACUCCAAAUUGAAGACUUCAUGGAGGAUGGUGUUUGGGUGGCGUCAUCACAUUAUAAAAAAGCGAGUCCUGAUCCUCUCCGUGAUGUUGCAGAAGACAUUGUCAACCAGAUUAAUGCCAACAACAUGGAGGACAUCUUCCGUUUCUGCAACGUAUACGUUGAUCUGGACUUUGUGGUGUCAGAGACAAAGAUGAUAUGGAUGGAUAGGCUUGGAUUCGACCUUCGAGUAUGGUCUCCACGAGGUGUAUAUGAUGUCAGGAUACCGUUUCCAAUGGACGUAACAGAUGAAAAGGGAGCAAAAUCAUCGUUUAAUGGAAUGUCACAGCUUGCUUGGGAAGUAGAGAAAAGCUAUUGUCCUGCAGAUUUCAACAAGGUUAAGCUACUGAAGCAAGUAGUUACAUCAUCACACAAGGGAGGACAGUAACGAUACUAUUGACUUCUUUUUGUUGUUUACCAGUUAGAUGCCAAAAUUGGGAAAUGGCUCUCUGUUGUAUCUCUUGGAAUAAGUAUAUGUUCUGAGUAAUAGGGCCGUGUGCUCACCUAAUAUAUUUUGUUUCAGUUUUCCUC